AUGUCGGGGAGACAUAGCCAGCAGCCCGUCGCGAAGCCCGCCGGCCCCUCCAAGCCACCCGCCACCGCACCACGGAUUCCCACAGCGGCCGUCCUCCCGGCUGCUGCGCCGGCAGGGAGCGCCGCCCCGCAGGCCGCGGCGGCGCCUACGGGCCCGGGCAACCGGGACGCGGCCGGAGUGCGCAGCGCCGUAGUCAUCUACGACGCCAACGGCCGUCCGCUCACCGUCCUCUCCCUCGCCGCCCGCCGUGGCGGCGCGGUGCCGCUGCCGGUGAUCCCCUUCACGCCGGCGCCGGCGUCCACGCCGGCGCCCGCCGCCACGCCAGCCCCCACGGCGACGCCAGCCCAGCUGGCCACACCAGCGCCUGCGGCCACGCCAGCGCCCGCGGCGGCCUCGCCUGCGACGGCGCCUCCGCCUGAAGGCGGCGAGGACGAGGACGAGGCGGCACCCACGGCCGCCGCCCCCGCGCGGGCGUCACCGCUGCCGACGGGGCCGCUCGACGUCGGCAACCGCGGCGUCCGCAAGCCGCGCCCGCCGCCGGUGUCGGCGCCGGUCGCGUCGUUCGCCGACCAGCUGGAUGCGCUGCUGGGCAUCAAGGCCGCCCUCGACACCAAGGGCUGGCUCGCCGACUGGACGGCCGAGCGCGGCGCGAACGGGGCCUACUGCCGCACGUUCGGCGGCAUCGACUGCGACAGCGUCGGGAACGUCAUCCAUGUGACAUUCGACGACGGCGACCCCCUCGGCGGGACGCUGCCAUCCGCUGCGCUGCUGGCGAAGCUGCCGCGGCUGACCGCGCUGUGGCUUGCCAACACAGGCAUCAUCGGGACGCUGCCGCCGGGGUACGGGGCGCUGACUCAGCUGGAGGACAUCCGGCUGAUGAACAACUGGCUGGAGGGCUCCAUCCCCAAGGAGUGGGCCGGGAUGAGCAACCUCAGGACGCUGUACUUGGCCACAAAUGACUUGACCGGCACUCUGCCCCCCGAGUUUGGGGAGGGGUGGCCACUCAUCCAAAGGAUUGCGCUCAACAACAACACGCUGACUGGGCCGCUGCCGCGGGAGUGGGCCAAGAUGAAGAACCUGCGCAGCCUCUUCCUGUAUUACAACCAGCUGUCCGGGCCGCUCGCCCCAGAGCUGGGUCAGUCGUGGCAGUCGAUGGAGAACCUGCAGUUGGGGGGCAACUUCUUCAGCGGGCAGCUGCCGGCCGCGUGGGCCGGCAUGAGCGCCCUCAAGAUCAUCUUCAUGCAGAUCAACAACUUCACCGGCACCCUGCCUCCAGAGCUGGGCGCCGGGUGGUCUGCAGUGCAGUUCAUCAACCUUGCAAACAACAGCCUUUCCGGCCCCCUGCCGGCCGCGUGGGGGGGCAUGGGCACCCUGGUGGACCUGCGGCUGGCGCUGAACAAGCUCACGGGGCCGAUCCCUCGGGAGUGGGGCAAGAUGCGCUCCAUCGUGACGUUGCACAUGCACAACAACCAGCUCUCGGGCACGCUGCCUCCCGAGUUGGGGCAGUGGAGCACGAUCAUGGACCUGCAACUGGCGCGCAACCAGCUUGUGGGCACCAUACCAAGGGAGCUCUUCAACAUGCGCAGGCUGAGGAAGCUCAUCCUGCAUAUGGAGCCGAUCCUGAGCCGAUUCCCAACACCCCUGUACGACCGCCUCCGCAGCCGUAACCGCUUGGAGGGCACGCUGCCGCCGGAGUUGCCGCAGGUUUGGCCCAACAUGACUGAUCUGGAGCUCGACCUCAACCGGCUGACGGGGCCGCUGCCAGAGGCAUGGGCCCGCUUCAAAUUCAUCCAGACGCUCACGCUGCGCGGCAACAGCAUCACGGGCACCCUGCCGGCCUCCUGGUCCCGCACUACCGACCUGGUGAAGCUCUGGCUCUUCCAGAACCGCCUGACCGGCCCGCUCCCGCCGUCAUGGGCGGUCUGGGAUUACAUCUGGGACCUCUCCCUGAACGACAACCAGCUGGACGGGUCCGUCCCCCAAUCGUGGGGCCGCUUGGGCAACACCCUCGCAUACCUCUACCUUCAGAACAACACCAGGCUGACCGGCUGCCUGCCUUCCGGGCUGCAGCGGUUCCAGGGGCGGCCGGAGACGUGCGCAAGCACCAAGAUGACGUGCAGCGUGUGCAGCAGCGGCGGCGGGGCCAGCAACAGCGGGUGA